UGCAUAUAGGGCCCAUGACAUGUCCUUUCAAAAGACCCCAAAUUAAGAUGUGAUUUUCAUGAUCUUUCUCCACUGCACCACUAACACAAUAUUAUUCACUCUUUCAUCGAUCACCUGCUAUUUCCAGCCAUUUACCUCAUAAAUUCCACACCCUCACACCAUCCAGUCCACCAUGUCUGCUGAAAUGCAAAACGAUUCCACUCAAGCUUCAUCGUCGUCUUCACGACCAUCUGCGGCUCCUUUGAGCCGCUAUGAAUCACAAAAACGGCGAGACUGGAACACCUUUGGCCAGUACUUGAAGAACCUGACACCGCCAAUUUCAGUGUCUCAGUGCAACUUCAACCACGUGCUGGACUUCCUUCGGUACCUCGACCAGUUCGGGAAGACCAAGGUCCACUUGCACGGCUGCAUCUUCUUCGGCCAACCUGACCCGCCGGCGCCCUGCACCUGCCCUCUCAGGCAGGCUUGGGGGAGCCUUGACGCGCUCAUCGGAAGGCUUAGAGCCGCCUAUGAAGAGCACGGCGGCUCACCGGAGACUAAUCCCUUUGGAAGCGGAGCUAUUCGUGUGUACUUGCGUGAAGUCAAGGAGGGUCAGGCAAAGGCUAGAGGGAUCCCAUACACAAAGAAAAAGAAGAAGAAGAGGAGCCUAAUAACGGGGAGUCAUGAUCAAGUUCAACCCUCAAAGUCCUUCAAGCAAUUGGCUUCUUGAGAUGGAUAAAUGGACCGCACCAACGAUUUACUUGGAUUGGGGGCUUUAAUAUGCCAAAGAGAAGGAGCUAGCUAGUCGAAUAUCAUCUGCACUGGUUCCCCUUAAAGUUAUCACAGAAAAUAUUGAUGAUUUCCUACUUUAAUUGUAGUUCAGAGCGUCAGAAUUAUCCUUUUGGAUCUAGUUUGGUAUAAGUAUUAAAUAUAUGUACAACCUUCUAUGUUCUCAUCACAUGUUAGACCUCACAGCCAAAAUACAAACGGUAAGAAUGGCUAGUUUUAUAGUUUUCUAUUACUUUCUAUCUUCCUUCUAUAAUGCAAGAACUUCAAUUUUCCUGUUGCUA